AUGCCGUUUGAUUAUAUUCCGUCAGGAGCAGGACAAACCGAUCAAUGCCAAACACUUCAUGCGACAUUGAAACAUGUCUUAGGUGAUAGUACGAAUACUAGCUCGGAACAUGAAUCAUCAAGAACGCCCUUAGGAGAUCGCAUUCACAGAUUACAAAAAGCAGCUGUAAUUCGUCAAUACCAACAAGAAAUACAACGUAAACUUCAAUUGAUAGAAGAUUCAUCUGCUAGUAAACGAAUCAAAAUCGAUACGGAUAUAGUGGAUGAAAUUACAAGAUAUCAGCAAGAAUCUACUGACCGAGAGACGGCGAAAUCACGGAGAGAACUGUAUAAUAUGCAGCAUACAUCAUUGAUUCCUCUUAUCAUGGAUGAUGAAUUUGUAUCGUUAUUGAAUUCUUCUUUGGUCGGUGGAGAUCAAUUAUCACAGGACUUGCUAACGUUGUUGAAUAGCAUGGACACUGCUUCUUUGCGUGAACAUCAAUGA